AACAGGCCAGGAACCUUGGAUACAAAGUAGCAGAAGUAGCAGGACCGACUGCAAUAAAUGGAAUCGAACAGGCCAGGAACUUUGGAUACAAAGUAGCAGAAGUAGCAGGACCGACUGCAAUAAAUGGAAUCGAACAGGCCAGGAACUUUGGAUACAAAGUAGCAGAAGUAGCAGGACCGACUGCAAUAAAUGGAAUCGAACAGGCCAGGAACCUUGGAUACAAAGUAACAGAAGUAGCAGGACCGGCUGCAAUAAAUGGAAUCGAACAGGCCAGGAACCUUGGAUACAAAGUAACAGAAGUAGCAGGACCAGCUGCGAUAAAUGGAAUCGAACAGGCCAGGAACCUUGGAUACAAAGUAGUAGAAGUAGCAGAACCGAUCACAACAUCAGUAAAGGAUCAAGCUAUUAAACACCCAGUCAUGACAACCGCAAUAGUAACAGCAGGUGCGGGUGCUUUAUUAGGACCGCCUGUAGUUGUCCUUGUGGUAAAUACGCUCGGAUUCACCGCUGAAGGAAUUACAGCUGGCUCUGCGGGUGCUGCUUUAAUGUCCUCAUACGGAGGAGCGGUAACGUCUGGUAGUUUGUGUGCUAUAUUACAAUCCAUCGGUGCCGCUGGAACUGGGCUUGCAACGACUGCGUUUUCUGCAUUUUCAGGUGCAUUUAUUGGGUAUGCUUCUAGCAAGACUGCUGAUACUAAUGAGACUCGAGAGGAACAAGAUGAACAAAAAGAAAAAGCUGAUUAG